AUGGCCAAAGAUUGGCACAGAAUCAGUAACGAAGAAGAAAAAAAAAUCCUUUUGGAAAAUGUCAAGUUUGCUCGAUCGAUGACGAUCUUCUGUUUGAUAUUCAUGUUUGGAGGUGGAAUUACUUACAAUACUUUUUUACCUUACAGCAAGGGUGAAUACUUAGUUGAUAAUGUGACACAUCGAUAUUUAGCUUAUCCGAGCUACGUUGGCUUUUUCAAUCCAAAUGUCCAAGAAUUUUCGAAUGAAAUAUACUUAGUGGAAUUUGGUGGAAGUACCAUUGUAAUCUGUUUACUUGGCUAUUAUUUGAUCGUUGACAUUGAACGGAUGGAUACUUUUGGAUUGCUUACUCAUUCGUGCUUAUUUGUUUCAAUAACAUUUAAUAUUUUUAUAUUCUGCUAUGUUGGAGAAAUUCUAACUGAUAAGUGCAACAAAAUAGGACAGGCCGUAUUUGAAUCGUCUUGGUCCGAACUUCCCCCUGCAGAUGUAAAAAAGUUUAUUUUGGUAUUGGCGGUAGCACAAAAACCUGUAUUUUUAACUGCUGGAAAAAUGAUCACAUUAUCAAUACGAUCAUUCACAAACGUAUUGAAAGCUUCUGCAACUUACUUGAAUAUGCUUCGAACAUUACUCGUCAAUAACAAUUAA